AUGGCCGAAAAGCAAUCUUCCGGCGUCGAAGUUGAGCUGUCGACGCCCAACAACAAUAUACUCUCCCGACCUGCCCAUACCCUCACUUAUGACCAAGCCAGGGACGAGCUUCAAGCCGACUUUACCACCGGGUUGGGAGCCGAUGAUGCUGCUACUCGGUUGACAAAGUAUGGAGCCAACAACUUUGGAGAGGAGAAAGGCGUACAGCCGCUCCAGAUCCUGAUUGCCCAAGUCGUCAAUGCUAUGACGCUAGUUCUUCUCUUGGCACUAGCCGCCAGUUUCGCUAUUCACGCCUGGAUCGAGGGUGGUGUCUUGGCUGCCCUUAUUCUCAUCAACAUCGUCAUUGGCUUCUUUCAAGACCUUCAAGCCGCCAGGACCAUUGCCUCGCUGAAAUCCUUGAGCACUCCUUCCGCACGUGUCUUCCGUGAUGGCAGCUCCCAGACUGUCGAUGCCUCGCAGCUCGUCCCUGGUGACAUUAUUGAGCUUAAGGUUGGCGAUAGUGUCCCCGCCGAUGGCCGUGUUUUCGAAGCAGUCAAUCUCGAGGCAGACGAGGCUCUUUUGACUGGAGAGAGUCUGCCUGUGCGCAAGGAUCCCGAGGCCAUUCUGGAUGAGGACACCGGUCCUGGUGAUCGGAUCAACAUCGUCUUUUCCUCCAGCAUCAUUACCAAGGGUCGAGGCCGAGCUGUCGUUGUUGCUACGGGUAUGAACACGGAGAUUGGUGCCAUUGCAGCUGCUUUGAGAGAAGAGGGCGGCGAGAAGCGCAAGCUCAAGCGUGAUGAGAAUGGAAAGGCUUCGUUUGGCGCAUACAUCAUGUUCGGUCUGGGUGCAUUCUGGGACUGGUUGGGUGAGUUCCUCGGCGUCACUGUCGGAACUCCUCUGCAGCAGAAGCUCGCCCGUCUAUUUCUUUAUGUCUUUGGAAUUGCAAUUGUCUGCGCCAUUAUUGUCCUUGCAGCAAACAAGUUCUCCAGCCAGCGUGAUGUUAUCAUCUACGCAGUAGCCACGGCUCUCGGUACUCUUCCCGUCACCUUGAUUCUUGUUCUCACGGUCACCAUGGCCGCAGGAACCAAGGUUAUGGUGCGCAGAAACGUUGUCGUUCGCAACAUGCGCUCUCUCGAAGCUCUUGGCGGUGUUACCAACAUUUGCUCUGACAAGACCGGAACACUGACGCAGGGCAAGAUGGUCACCAGAAUGGCUUGGAUUCCUUUCCAUGGAACAUAUUCCGUUGAUACCAGCAAUGACCCUUACAAUCCCGAAGUUGGCGCCGUUACGCUCACCCCUCAUCAGCCCAGCCACGCCCAACACAAGGCUGAGGCAACACCAGUCCAGCCCCUUGAAGAGAGCCACCCAGCCGUCAAACACUACCUGGAUAUCGCCUCGAUCGCUAAUCUUGCUGUUGUCAAGAAGGCUGCCGAUGAGGACCGCUGGGAAGCCAAUGGCGACCCAACCGAGAUUGCCAUUCAAGUAUUCGCUGUACGAUUCGGGCGCUCCGGCCUGAACGAAGAUUCCGAUAUGGCACAUGUGGCCGAAUUCCCCUUCGACUCUUCGGUCAAGAAGAUGUCCAUGCUGUGCCGAAACAAGAGUGACCAAAGCCUUCAAAUCUUCACCAAGGGUGCUGUUGAACGUGUUCUCGAGUCUUGUUCUACCUUUUCCCAGGCCGACGGCAACCUUUCUCCAUUGACAGAAGACUUCAAGUCGAUAAUCCUGAGGAACAUGGAGGCGCUGGCUCGCCGAGGUCUGCGCGUCCUCGCCCUCGCCAACGGCUCAGUCUCGCAAACCGUCUCGGACGAGGACGCUCGACAGGGGAAACUCCACCGAGACGACUACGAGCAUGGCCUUACCUUCCGAGGCCUGGUCGGUAUCUACGAUCCUCCCCGCCCCGAAUCCCGUCCCAGUGUCUUCAAGUGCCACCAAGCCGAUAUUAAGGUCCACAUGCUCACUGGUGACCAUCCGGAGACUGCACGCAGCAUUGCCAUCGAAGUCGGUAUCCUUCCUUCGCGCCCUGACCUUCUCCGCGCCGACAUUGCGGAAAACCUUGUCAUGACCGCCCACCAAUUCGACGCUCUGACCGAUGAGGAAGUUGACCGGCUGCCUGAACUGCCCCUGGUUGUCGCUCGUUGCGCUCCAUCCACCAAGGUCCGCAUGAUUGAUGCCCUUCACAGACGAGGCUGCUAUGUCGCUAUGACUGGUGAUGGAGUCAACGACAGCCCCAGUCUGAAACGAGCAGACAUCGGUAUCGCCAUGGGUCUUGGAGGAAGCGAUGUAGCCAAGUCUGCGUCCGACAUCAUCCUCAGCGACGACAACUUCGCCAGUAUCCUCAACGCUGUCGAAGAGGGCCGCCGCAUCUUCGACAAUGUGCAAAAGUUCAUGCUCCACGUCCUCGCUGCCAAUGUUGGUUUCGUAUCCACCCUUCUCAUUGGUCUGAUGUACAAGGACGACAGCGGCACCUCCGUGUUCCAGGUCACCCCCGUCGAGAUCCUCUUCAUGCUCCUCGUCGCCGGUGCGUUCACUGAGACAGGUCUCGGUUUCGAGUCGGCGUCCCCGGAUAUCCUUCGACGCCCUCCCCAAAGCCUCAAGUACGGCGUAUUCACCCCCGAGUUCAUCGCAGACAUCGUCGCAUACGGCAUCAUCAUGGCCAUCACCCUUCUCAGCUCCUUCUCCACCGUUCUAUUCGGCUUCUACGACGGAAACCUGGGCCACAACUGCAACGUGGAGUACUCGGAGCAGUGCCACGGCGUGUUCCGCUCCCGCACGACGUGCUACACGGUCAUGAUGUGGGCCUUCUCCAUCUUCGCCUGGGAACUCGUCGACUUCCGGCGCUCCUUCUUCGACGGCAUCAUCUCCAACCCCAGGGGCUGGGCCCUCCGCCUCUGGCGCAACCCUUUCCUCUUCUGGUCCGUCCUCGUCGGCUUCUUCAGCACCGUGCCCACCAUCUACAUCCCCGUCAUCAACAAGGUCGUCUUCCUCCACAGCCCCAUCGGCAAGGAGUGGGGCGUCAUCUUCGCCAUCUCCUUCUUCUUCCUCGCCGGCGCGGAGACGUGGAAGUUCGUCAAGAGGGUCUACCUCCGCAGGAACAACCUCAUGCACAGGAAGGACGCCGGCACGGGGGAGGCGGACCUGGAGAAGCGCACCUUUGAGAGGUUCUACGACUCGAGUUCGGUCGAUGACUCGAGCAACUAA